UGUCCAAUCCCCUGCUCCAAAGUGGCCGACGGGAACAGGUCCGUGUCCAGGUGGUUUUGAAGACUGAUCCAAAGAGGAGACCCCCGCAGCCUCCUGGGGCACCUGCACGGCACAGAGCGCUGCCCAGUGCUCCCAGUGCAUCCCCAUUGUGCCCUGUCCUGGCCCUGGCAGCACUGAGCAGAGCCAGGCUCUGUCCCUGGUCACCUCGUCACCUCCCUGCAGGGAUUUAUGGCCACAGGUGGCACCCCCUGACCCCCCCCCCAACUCACCGAGCAGCCCCAGCUCUGGGUUUGCAAAACUCAGAGAUCUUUUCCAACCUGAAUGACUCCACGUCUCGCAUUUGAUAAUGCCAUUUCCGCCCCGCGUCGUUAAACAACGCGUAAAUUAAAAUCCUGAGCUGUCACCUUGAACACGACAAUUUGCUGCUGCAGCAGUCAGUGUUUCCGAGCCGUAAUGCAUUUCUGCUCCUGAUGCAACCCCACGUGCCCGGUGACACAAGACACACUCCUUGACAUUCCUAGAUUACUGUCAGUUUAUGGGAGAGCCCUCAGUUUACAGGAAAUCAGUAGGAAGUGAUCUGAGCAACCCGAGCUCGCUGCAGAUGUCCCUGUUAAUUACAGGGGAGCUGGGCCAGGUGGCCUUUAAGAGCUCCAUCCAACUCAACUGAUUCUAAAAAUAUCCCUGUCUCCUGAAAUCCUCAUGGGGAAUUCCUUAUGAAUGGAGAGAAUAUCAUGAGUCAAAGAAGAAGGGCUGAGACCGGGGCAGCGCCAACAUUUGGCCAACGUAUGUCAAGUGUGUGAAUAAUCCCACUGGCAUUGGGCAGCGGUGUCUCAUGCCCAAAAUAAGCUUUUGGAGGGCUAUAAAACCCGCUCAGCCCUGUCCUCUCCACUCGCCAUCCCUUCCAGGUGCUCCUCUUGUUGCUGCAGAGGCAGCUUUGCUAACGCUCAGGAGAGAUGGGUUCCAGUGGGUCCUGCCACCGCCAGGAGCCCUCCUGCCACAGCUCCCAGCCCUGCCACAGCUCGGGGCCCUCCUGCCAUUCCAGCAACCAGCACAUCCCUGCGCCCGUGUACCCCUGCGCGACGCCGUGCAACCCUCCAGCGCAGAACUACUGUGCGCCUGCACAGUGCUAUCCCCCACCGGUGCAGACCUUCUGCCCUCCGAACACCAACACAGUCUGCAAAGUGCAACCACCGUGCCCCAAGUUCUAGCAGCAGGAUCCGGCCAUGCACCCAGCUCUGCAACCCCUGGACAUCUCCCUGCUUGAGGCACUGAUCUCAUCCUCGGGGUUCAUCACUUACCAGCCACGCUGCUUCUCCAUGAGCAAACGCUUUCAAAGCAAUCAGAGGACCACUCAGUAUUGGGGUGCACUGCCUCUGUUUCAUUCUCACUGUGCUGUUUGAGUUCUUUCUGCCAGUGCAACGCACGGUGUUUGCUGCCGGUGGUUUCCUUCUUGCUUUGCUGCUCCCAUUUUCAGCCAGAAUAAAAGCUGAAUUUCAACCAUUCCGGAGGCGUUUAGUUGCUACUCUGUGCUAUUUCAUUUGUGGGUUUUGAGCCAUGUUUUAAUAAGUGGUGAUCUCAGCCAUAGCACGAGGAGCACCAGGGAGGGGGGUGGAAGUCAGGGAAAUGCCCUUGGCACCAUACAGAGGGGCUGCAAGGACCGUGCUGGGUUAAUUCUGGGUGAAAAUUGAGCAUUUGCACUGAGCAGAUGGCUUCAGACAUUGCUGCUGUGCCCAGCCAGCUCCAACAACAGUGCUGCUUUUCCAGCCUACCAGCACAGCAGGUGAAGCAGAGCACCAGAGCCAUACAAAACCUGCCUCUUUCACCAACAUCUCUCCUAUCACACUGCUCAAGGUCUCCCUGUUUAUGAGAUCAGGGCACCCUCCAGCUUCCCUGCAGCUCACCAGU